ACCGGCGCCGGCGUUGGCGUUGUCCACUUCGGAAUUUCUCUCUCUCUCUCUCCGGAUCGAUCCGCCAUGGACGACCUCCCUCUCCAGAAGAUCGCGAUCUCGGGCCCCACCCUCUCGUCCCUCCUCCAGCGCGUCUCCUCCUCCCCGGCCGACGCCGACGGCCUCCUCUUCGGCCACGCUCCCCUCGCCCCCUCCUCCCUCUCCGACGACCCCUCCUCCGCCGCCUCCUCCGCCUCCGCCGCCGCCGACUCCGGCUCCUCCGCCUCCGCCUCCGCCGCCGGCGCCCUCGUCGCCACCGUCACGUCCUUCCUCUGCCCCGGCUGCCCGCUCUCCUUCUCCGACCCCCUCGGCCGCCUCCUCCUCUGCCACUCCCAGCACGACCGCCUCAUCGGGUGGUUCUCCUCCCGCCGCCGCUCCCGCCUCCAGCCCUCCAUGCGCGACUUCAACGUCGCCGCCUCCCUCGCCUCCGACCCCUCCCUCUCCUUCCCGAUCGCCGCCGCCGGCUCCGCCUCCGCCUCCGCCGGCGGCGACGGAUUCUCCCCGCGCGUGUUCCUCCUCUUCUCCACCCCGCCCCUCGACUCCGCGAUCCACACCCACGAGUACCGCGCCUUCCAGUUCCGCACCGCCACGGAGACCUUCGAGCCCAGGUCGGUCGACGUCGUCAACAUCGGGCCCAGGUUCCGAGGGCAUUACGGGAACUUCAGCCCCAACUCGUCGUUCCCGUGGCUGGCCUGCGAUCUGAGGGGAUCGUCGAUGAUGCAGGAGGACGGCAAGGGGGAGCGGCUGAGCGAGAUGAGGCGGGCCGCCAAGUGCCAGGAUGAGAUCGAUUUGAUCGCCGAGGAUUUCCCGGCCGCGAAAUUGAGCAGGCUAGUGGGGCCGGAAGCUAGCAGCUACACUGCCGGGUUGGAGGAGAUGUAUGAGAAGAUGUUGACGAGGGUCGACACCUUGGCCAGGCUCGUCGAGGCGAGCUCUGCUCAGGUCCUGGAGAUGGAGCAACAUAAUUCGAAGUUGAGGGCAGAAGUUGCUGGGAUCAAGAGGGUGGUCGAUGGCUAGUGUAGAGAGAAAUGCAUGAUGUUGCUGAUGUGUGAAAGGUGGCGGAGAAAGGUUUUGAAGACUCUGCAACCAUUUGGUGGCAGAAGAUGCCUGAUGCCUGAGUUUAUAUACAGGGGACUUGAAGCUAAGUGGAUGAUAGAUGUGGAGGUGUCGCGGAGUGAUGCUCUAUUCAAUUGUUCCUUUGUAGGAGAGAAAAUUCGGCAACCUCCAUAUCAGGAGUGCGAUAGUAUUUUUUCUGCAUUUUGCUUCGAUCGACUUUUGGGUCUAUUGUAUCUUCUGGGAAUCUCCACAAGUAUGGUAAAGUGGUUGAAGAUGAUUUUAAACCGCUAGGGUGUCUGCAGCAUUCUAUCCUCUUGGGCACGUACCAUCAGAAUUCCUCUUGUUCUUGUUCAGCACAUUAUCGGGUCCGUGCUCACAAUGAUUGGACAGAGAUUCAUGUUUCAGUCUUCUACCGUUAAUGGAGGAGAGGGUUAUCCGUUGA